GAUUAGAUCCUGGCCGUUGAUUUACUUCGCCUUAGUCCUAGGGUUUAGUAUAUGAGCUCCAUUUUCACUACUCUUUACGUCCUUCGGCCACUUCUCUCUCCGUGUCUCUUCUCUCUCUCUAAGCAGCAACGAUGGUCUUUGUUAAAGCUCAAAAGUCUAGAGCUUACUUCAAGCGUUUCCAAGUUAAAUUUAAGAGAAGAAGGGAGGGAAAGACGGACUACCGGGCCAGAAUUCGCUUGAUUAAUCAAGACAAAAACAAGUACAACACUCCGAAAUAUCGAUUUGUCGUGCGAUUUACCAACAAGGAUAUAAUUGCACAGAUUGUAUCUGCUAGCAUUGCGGGUGAUAUGAUCCUUGCAGCUGCUUAUGCACAUGAGCUGCCUCAUUAUGGGCUUGAAGUGGGCCUUACAAAUUAUGCUGCAGCUUACUGUACUGGACUUCUAUUGGCUCGCCGAGUACUGAAGAUGCUCGAAAUGGAUGAUGAGUAUCAGGGAAAUGUUGAGGCAACUGGAGAGGAUUUCUCUGUUGAACCAGCAGAGAGCAGGCGGCCUUUCCGUGCUCUCCUAGACGUUGGCCUUAUACGAACAACAACUGGCAAUCGUGUUUUUGGUGCUCUUAAGGGAGCAUUGGAUGGUGGCCUUGAUAUUCCUCACAGUGACAAGAGGUUUGCUGGAUUCAGCAAGGAUAGCAAACAGCUUGAUGCUGAGGUCCAUCGCAAGUACGUAUACGGAGGCCAUGUUACUGCAUACAUGAAGAUUUUGAUGGAAGAUGAGCCAGAGAAGUACCAGUCUCACUUUAGUGAGUACAUAAAGAAAGGUGUCGAGGCAGAGGAGAUUGAGGAGAUGUACAAAAAGGUCCAUGCAGCCAUACGUGCUGACCCCAGCCCUAAGAAAUGUGAGAAGGAGCCCCCGAAAGAGCACAAGAGGUACAACCUGAAGAAGCUAACUUACGAGGAAAGGAAGGCAAAGUUGAUAGAGAGGUUGAAUGCUCUCAACUCUGCUGCUGGAGCUGAUGACGAUGAGGACGACGAUGAUGAGUGAACACAACGCCAUAACUUUGGAUGCGAAUUAGUCUGUUUAUGCCGUUCCUUCUUGUUAGAUUGUUUUGAGAAAUUUUGUCAGCUAUUCGUACGCUAUCGGUUAAUGUGUCGUAAUGGAGUAGUUUUUGAGUAGUAAUUGAAUUGUUAAAAAAUUACAUUUAAGAUGGGUUCUUUUAAUAUAUAUUUUACUAUGGACGGCCAAUUUAGUCA